UAAUUCAAACAAUAACAAAAUGAACCGGCAGCGUGAGGACAUACUGCGCCAGGCGCUCGACAAAAAUGCCUUUCAUGCAGAGCGCUGGCAGAACUACAAGAGCGACAACGAGAACACCAUCCGAAAUCUAGACUUGUUCUCCCAGAAGUUAAGCGUGGACAUUAUGGUUCCCAUUGGCAAGAAAGCAUUGAUGCCUGGCGAGCUGAUCCACACCAACGAACUUCUUGUGAGCCACUACGAGGGCUACUUCUCCGCUUGCUCCGCCCACAAGGCCAAGGAGAUCUGCAGCCAUCGCAUUAAACUCGCUGAGGAGCACCUGAAACAGCUGGAAAUCGAAGCUGAUCUCUGGCAAAACAAACUCAACACGCCGCUCGAGGAGGGUGCGGUUCCCAGUGGCGAUCAGGUGGAGAUCGUGGAAGAUUUUAACGAGGAGUCACAUAACAAGUGGAUGGAGGAGCAUAAGGAGCGGGUGCGUCAACAGAAGCAAGAGGAGCGCCUGAAACGUCAGGCGGAACCUCAGAAAGGGGACAACGAUGUGCUCAAGAAACUAGAAGAGCGCGAAAUGAUAGAGGAAUUGGGUCUGGAUCCCGACGAUAUCAACGAAGAUAUGCUUGAAGACCUGCUUAACGUGGAGCAAGAACCCACAAAGUCCACAGAGAAGCCCAAGACCUUAACCGAGGAGCAGGAAUCGCAGCUCUGGGAGAAACUGGAAGCCCAAGAGCAAAACGAAGCUAAAGAUCUCAGUUCGGAAGCAGAAGAGAGUCUGAAAAGCACAGACAAUAUAGUUCGUCAACUGAUGUCUGGUGAAAUGGAAACUCCAAAGCCAAAAAAACGUAUUGGAGGUGAAAAAAUAACAAAAGAAGGGGAAGAUUCCAUAUCAGAUGAUGAAGAUGUGGCCCAAGUGGAGGAGGUAAAGACUAUACGAGAACAAAUCUCUCUGCUGCCAAGCGAAGAGCGUGAAGGCUUCCUCAGAGCCCAACUGAAUAUCCUAAAGGCUAAGAUGCGCCGGAUUCAAAAAGCCAAUUUUAUCAGCGACGAGCUGAUUCACUUGAUGAACGUUGUGGUCGUUCUGGAGGACGAUUUACAGGACUUGAUAUUUGAGCAGGAACUGGAGAACAGCGAGGAGGAGAAAGCACCAGACGAAACUGCUAAUCAGACUCCUGAAGUACCUAAAGACAGCCAGGAAACUGGAGCUCAAGCUAAAAAUAACACUGUACCUAGGGAUGUUAUAAAGCUAGAUGAAGAGAAAUCUGAAAUAGUACCUGAAAACGGCACCAAGACCCGUCGCAUAUCAUUUGCAAUCUCGGACGAAAAACUGGAAUUCCGUCGUGAGGAAACCGUAGCUGAAAUGCUACCCAAUGCCCGGAAGAAUUCUAGGGAUGUCAUAAAGCUAGAUGAUCCCGUGACUACCCAACCCGUAUCCGAAGAGAAGCCAAAUUCAUCGACUAAUGAAGAUAUCCUGAAAAAGGUUCAAAGAAAUAUUGAGUUUGUCAAGGAGAAUCAGAGUGUUCAGGACUUUGAUUUGCUCAAUCAGAUUCUAGAGGCGUCCACCGGACGUAUUAACACCCUACACAUUAAUUUCAAACAUUCCGAUGCAGUGCCUUCUACUCACAAGAGUGACGAUCAGGAUGAUGCCGACAUACCUGGAAACCCAGCGGAUUUCUAUAAGAAAUACGAAAAGGAUUUGGCCCAGAUGGGUCAAUCGGCUUUCCCCAUUUAUGUAAACGGUUUCGAUGGCGAGGAAAAUGUUAAAGUUCCCAUAAUGAGCGAGGCCGCCCGCGGGUCAGCCUACGAAGACCCUAGAAGUGAGUUCUCAAAGCCCAGUAUGUCACACGGAGGAGAAUCCACAGACUCUGAAUCCACCACUAAGUCAAUACUCCGAAAUAAAUCCGCUGUAGAACUGGAACCUCGCGUCAGCCACAACCAAAAUGCGAAGAAAGGCAAGAAGAGCCGGAAGCAGAGGAAGAAGGAGCGCACCCUAGACGACGACCUGCGCGAUAUGAGUGCCUAUCAGAAGGUCAUGCAUGAUCUGGUGGAGAAGGAGGAGCCCACGGCCCCAGAGCCCCUGCCAAAGGGCAAGUUUAUCGACGCGCACGCGCCCAAGAAGCGGGUCAGCCGCUUCAAGGAGCAACGUGCGGCGCUCAGCAAGACAUAGCGAAGAGUGAAACUUCAGCUGGGAACUACUGUUAAAUCUGUUCAAGUUUAAUGUGAAUUUGUAUUACAAACACAACGCAAACAAUAAACAAUAAACAACUACUA